AUGAAGGCCUUUUCUCUUCUCCUCUUGAUGUAUGUGACGGCCUCCUCUGCUUUCCCUGUGGCUCCUGAAGAAGAAGAUGAAGGAAAAAAUACAGAUCUUGUGGAGACUUAUCUACAGAAUUUCUACAAUCUUCAAAAAGAUCAUCGGCAUCAUCUAAGGCAGGGGGGUAAAAAUCAUCUUGCUGAAAAGCUCAAGGAAAUGCAGGAAUUCUUUGGACUACAAGUGACUGGGAAAGUCGAUCGUGACACUUUGGAGAUGAUGAAUAAACCCAGGUGUGGUGUUCCUGAUGUAGAGCAAUACGUCUUCACAGCAGGGAAUCCAAAAUGGAAGAAGACUAAUCUGACAUACAGGAUUGUGAAUUACACCAGAAAGAUGAAACAAACUGAUGUAGAUGAAGCAAUCCAGAAAGCUCUGAAUGUCUGGAGUAGUGUGACACCAUUGACAUUUCAAAAGAUUGAGGACAAAAUUGCAGAUAUAAUGAUCUCAUUCGCUUAUAGAGAUCACAAUGACAACUCUCCUUUUGAUGGCCCUAAUGGGCUGCUGGCUCAUGCUUUUCAACCAGGAGAAGGUCUUGGUGGAGACGUGCAUAUGGAUGACGAGGAAACCUGGACAAAAGAUGGAAGAGGCUACAACUUGUUCAUUGUUGUUGCCCAUGAACUUGGCCACUCACUGGGUUUGUCCCAUUCAAAUGAUCCUGGAGCACUGAUGUAUCCAAAUUAUGCUUACACAGACCCCAAAGAAUUCCUUCUUCCUCAGGAUGACAUUGAUGGCAUUCAAGCCAUAUAUGGACAGUCUAAUGAUGCUGUGCAGCCUACAGGGCCCACAACUCCACAAGUCUGUGACCCUAAUUUGACAUUUGAUGCCAUUACCACUUUGCGUGGAGAAAUGAUGUUCUUUAAGGGCAGGUACAUGCUGCGCAAACAUCCUGAGUGGUCAGAGACAGAGUUAAAUUUUAUCUCAGUGUUCUGGCCAAAUUUGCCAUCAGGAAUUCAAGCUGCUUAUGAGAACAUUGAAAGGGAUGAAGUUUUACUCUUUAAAGAGGAUAAGUACUGGGUUAUCAGAGGAUACGACAUUGCAUACGGCUAUCCCAAACCAAUCUAUCGUUUGGGAUUCCCAAAGACUGUUAAAAGAGUGAAUGCAGCUUACAAUGAUGAGAUCACAGGAAAAACAUAUUUCUUUGUAGCUGACAGAUACUGGAGAUACGAUGAAAACAAAAAAUCCAUGGAUCAUGGUUAUCCCAGAAAAAUAAUCUCUGACUUUGGAAAAAUUGGCAGAGUUGAUGCUGCUUUCCAGAAAGAUGGCUAUGUGUACUUCUUCCAUGGAACAAAGCAGUUCCAGUUUGAUCCUCGCACCAAACGGAUUGUCAAUCAAAUGAAGAGCAUUAGCUGGUUUAAUUGUUAA